GUCCCCAAGCACUUAAAUGCCACUGUACCCCAGCAAGUCACACUCACACCUCUUAGAAGAACAGCAGCAUGAAGACCGUGCCUGCUCUCCUGCUCGUGGGGAUGCUCAUCCUCUGGGCUGAGCUGCCAUCAGGCACUGCCUGGUCCUGCCCUGAGGUCCGCAUCACCUGUGCCAUGGCCAACCCGAGGAAUGACUGCUACAGUGACCGGCACUGCCCACGCUCCAAGAAGUGCUGCCAAACCUUCUGUGGCCGGCGAUGCAUCUCACGCCCUCCUGCCAUCCGCUUGACCUACGUGUGAGCUGCUGCUCCCAGCACAGCCCGAGUGUGCCUGUGUCCCUAUGCUACCUCCAGCACCAUGCACCUGCAGAAGGACAGCCAGCUCACAAAGGAUGGGGACAGCUUCUUGCUCACACUCUGAGACCUCCUCCACUGCUAUGUGCCAUCUUCUCACCCUCCUCCUUCAUUCCUCACUGCUGUUACAACAAAUAAAAACUUGUCCCAGGA